UCAGGAAUGUAAUCAAUAACAAAGCAAUGGGUGAUAGGGUAUUUAAAAGGCCCUUUGGAACUGAAUGUUGUGCACGUAGCUGCUUACAUACAGGUCUAAGUAAGAAGAUGAAGGUCAUGCAGGGGAUCUCCUUGACUCUGCUGCUUGUUAUUGCAGCCAGCGCUCAGGUCUUGAAGUCUGGCAGAUGUCCCAAGCCAGCAGUUCAGGCCAACUUUGAUGCUUCCAGGUAUCUUGGUAAGUGGUAUGAGAUCCAGAAGCUGCCAACAGCCUUCCAGAAAGGUCAGUGCACCACCGCUAACUACAGCCCGAUGGGUCCUGGACAAAUCAAGGUCCUUAACAGUGAGCUGCUUGAUGAUGGAACCGUUAACUCUCUCACUGGUUCUGCCAAAGUGAAGGACCCCAGUGAGCCUGCCAAGCUGGUGGUCUCCUUUAACAACUCUCCCCCUGGUCCUUACUGGGUUUUGUCCACCGACUACGACGGUCACUCUCUGGUCUACGGAUGCACCGACUUCGGCCUGUUCCACAUGGAGCUGUCCUGGAUCCUGAGCCGGGAGCCCACCCUGCCGGAGGCCACCGUCGAGCAGCUGAGCAGCAUCCUGUCCUCCAUCGGAGUCAGCGUGGAUCAGAUGGUUCCCACCAACCAGGACGAGAGCUACUGCAGCGCCAUGAAUAACUAAACACAUUUUUCUCUUUCAGUUCUGAGGACUUUGAGAUGAAAAGGAUGUUUUGAAUUGAAAACAUAAUUUGAUGAAAUGUGUGGAGCUUUUAGCUCCAGCAGUAAUCAAUGCAUUAAACAUUUCAUGAAGAAA